AUGAGUUUUAAAAUUUUUCCUUUAAUCGUCGUCAUUAGCUUUGUUGUUAAUGCAAAUGCUUUGGGCUUUGGCAAUAAGUUGUGCGCUUUAACCAACUCAUGCCAAAAUCCUACCACAACCACAUCACAACCAACAACUUCUACCACUGGCACAACUCCAACAGCUACUGCUCCCACUUACUCCAGCUAUAUCACGCCAACUGCAACUACCACUACUCCAACAGCGACUGGGACUGGGACAGGAACUGGAACAGGUACUGGAACUGGGACGGGAACUGGAACAGGAACUGGAACUGGGACAGGAACUGGAAGUGGGACAGGAACUGGAACAGGAACAGGAACAUCAAGAGCAACACAAAACGAAUCUGAUACAGAUGGAGCACGUCGUCGCGCAUUUCGUCGCAAUAAAAGAGGAAGAAAAGGAAUUCGUCGGCCACCUGCAAGACGUCUUAGACGUGGUUAG